AUGGCGUUCUUCAAUUCUUCUACUACGCCGGCUGUCGCUGAGAAAGACAUUGAAAUGUCUGAGCCACCAACAGACUCGAUUGCAUCGCUUGCUUGGUCGCCUCAGGCCGACUUCCUUGCUGUUGGUUCAUGGGAUAAUAGUGUCAGGAUAUAUGAAGUCGGGGCCAACGGGCAAAGUCAAGGCAAAGCGAUGUAUGAACACCAAGGGCCUGCGUUGACUGUUUGCUGGAACAAGGCGCGUAGCCUGCUGACUCGACUACUAUUAUCUGGCUUGACGAUCCUCCAGGAAGGCAACAAGGUUUUUUCCGGUGGAGCAGACAAUGCAGGCCGGAUGUUUGAUCUUUCGACUGGCCAGGCUGCCCAAGUAGCUCAACACGAUGCUCCUAUCAAAGUGUUGAAGUGGGUGGACUCUCCGCAAGCAGGCAUAUUGGCUUCAGCGAGUUGGGACAAGACGAUCAAGUACUGGGAUCUCAGGACACCAGCACCAGUUGCAACAGUGCAACUUCCUGAACGAUGCUAUACAAUGGACAUCCAAUAUCCAUUGAUGUGUGUCGGAACCGCAGAGCGCCACAUCCAAAUCUUCAAUCUCAACAGUCCAACGACCGUCUACAAGUCGAUGUUGUCUCCACUCAAGUGGCAAACCCGCGUCAUCAGCUGUUUCACUGCUUCCCCCGCAAACCAAGGUUUUGCCGUUGGAAGCGUUGAAGGUAGGGUAGCAAUCCAAUAUGUGGAGGAAAAGGACAGCAGGCAAGAUCUUGAGAAAAGAACUACAAAUGCUCAUUCCAUCCGCAGUAGCAAUUUUUCGUUCAAAUGUCAUCGCCGAGACUCAACCCCCAACACAAAGGAUGGUUCCCUCGUUUAUGCCAUUAACGACAUUUCUUUCCAUCCAGUCCACGGUACAUUUUCGACAGCAGGCUCUGACGGCGGAAUUCACUUGUGGGAUAAGGAUGCCAGAAACAGAUUAAAAACCUUUGAAACGGCGCCCGGUCCAGUAUCCGCCACCGCUUUCAACCGCAAUGGCUCUAUUUUCGCAUAUAGCAUUUCCUACGAUUGGAGCAAGGGUCAUGCGGGAAUGACGCCUGGGCAUGUGAAUCGCUUGAUGUUACACGCUUGCAAGGAUGAUGAAGUCAAAAAACGUCCAAGAAAAUAG